CUUCCCAUGGAUCUGUGCCGGCCAUGUCGAAGACUCCAGGGACGAAAGAUGGUCUUGGACUCCCGAAUGGAAAAAUACCCGUUCCCGGUACCCAAAUAAAGAAAUCUGAGGCUCAAAAGCUAGUUCAUGAAAUGAUGAACCGUUUGGAGAAAGAAAACGACCGGAAAAGAGCGGAUAGUUUGUCAGAUUCGGAAGAUAGCGACUCCGAACCUUUUCGUUUAAACAGAGCCCGCUCCCAUCCAUAUGAGGACGACAAGAAGCAGCUACGGCAAGGUCAGAACAAAUUGGAUCCUCCUCCGCCCAUCAAGAGAAAGACCUCGACUAUCAGCAUCAAGACAAAUAAAGGCAAAAGGGUCGAUAAAGAGGUUACGGAGCACUUCGAUCGCCGGGCCAAAUAUUCUAGCAGCAGCGAUACCGAUAGUAAUUAUGACGAUAUGGACGAGCAUUCAUAUGAUCAUCCCUACUACCGAGAAAUAGACAAGGAUCGCCGACAUGUUGAGCGAGGCAGAACACGUAGCGGAACUUCGAGUCAGAGUCGGACUCGCUCAAAAGAAGAACAGCGCCGGAAUCGCAGUAGAGAAUCACGUCAUUUCAACAAACCAAGUGGUGUGCCUCCGCCUCAUCAUUGGCCAUCGAUGGCUUCGCAAGGUGAUCGCCCUCCUCGUCGAGAAAGCAGACAUGAACGCCAAGAAUACUCCCUCUAUAACGGGGUUACCUAUCCGGGCUCCUCAACGGAGUCCCUCUGUACCCAUCCAACAUACAAGCCUCGCGUGCCGAUGGUCUCAGAUUUCAUUGGCCAAGACCCCAGAACGAGCAACCCAAGUGAAAUUCGGGAAACCGCUAGGUAUCUUGCUCAAGCUGGAAAUUUCGACGAGACCGAAGUCUUCCAACGUGGUGUCAGAGCUGCUCGACGUGAGCUUGACAUUCUUAAGAGAGAAGUAGAAAUCAACCGCAAGGAACAAAUGGUUGGGGAGAUGAGCAGGAAACUAGAAGAAAAACAGCAAGAGCUUCGAUCCCAACUCGAGCUCAUGCGGCUCGUGCGCAAAAUACAUGAACCUGCGCAACAUCCAGAAGCUGUGAACCUUGGACCAAGGGACGCCGAAACCAGGUACGGCCAUGCACAACCCCUUCCCAGCGUACUUGAUGAUUUUCAAUUUCCAAACCCGCAUCCCCUUUCGUACGGCAAUUCAGGAGCCGGAUAGCUGCGAAGCUGUUCUUCAUGGCACAAAAAAAAAUGUCGAUAGCUCUUCUCAGAAUAUUCUGGCCUGCUGUUAGUCAGGGCUUGAAAUAAUUCCAGAUCUAUUC